AUGGGAAUUUUGCAUGAACAAAGCUACUUAGGCAGUGCAGGGAGGAUCUUGCAACAGCUCUGGACCGAGCCUUUGAGGACAACAUUGCUUCCCCUAUGUUCUCUUCAGAUCCUGAGUGGUUUGAAUCAAAGUCCUAGACAAGAAACCAACAUUAAUGCAUGUCUAGAAGCUCAGGGAAAUUGUUCUUCAAGCAAUUCCUGUGAAGAAUUGACAAAGAAUCUUCUGGAAAUUAUAGAGAGCACCAGUAUUCGAACACUUGAAGCACUUGCAGCAAAGCUGGAGCCUCUGAAUGAAUCCUCUCUAUCUCCUGAUCAAUCUCCAGCUGCUGAAGACACUUUAGCAUUGUUCUUUGCGGAUCCACCAUACAGUCCAAUAAAGAAAGAAACACACAUUGGGAAGUAUAGAGUGUCAGAGGACGACAACUUAAUCAAUAUUGUACUGGACAUGGAAGAGGAUUACAAUUUGGUGAAAAAAUCGUAGCCACAUAUAAUAAAAGCGGCUGGUUACAUGAAGUCAUUUCCAACAUAGGACAGCCUGGAGACGCAUUUAAGCAGUUCAGAGAUUAAAAGGACAUGAAUUGAAACAAGUCUGUUAACUGCAACCUUUUUGUUGGCUUUCAUAAGAACUUGACAACUUCUGAGAUCCAAAAAAAACCUGUAUAAAGCUCUUUGUUAGUGUUUACAUUUUUAUAUAAAACUUUCCUUAUUUGGACAAGUUCAAGUAUGAGGUGUCAGGCCCCGUGUUGAUUUUUUUAAAAAAAGUUUGAGAAAGUGUUAAAAGGAGGAAAGAAGUUUUGACCCUUUAAAUUGUAAUUAACUGCAUAUAUGAAAUGGCGAUAAGCCAAAUAAAAUAAAUAUAAUGGA